ACCCUUAAAAUGUGUGUAUAUAAUCUCAUCUUAUCAACAAUAUUGUAUUACUUAACAUUUGAAAAAUGAAAAUAUCAACGGAUUUUAUGGAUAAAAUGUUGAUAAACUACUUCUCUCUCAUAUACUUUAUAUACUUGUCUUUGCUACUAAUAGAAACACAAUGUAUUAAUGAUAAUAAUUUAUGGCAAGUUAUAACUUCAUAUCCAAAUGCAACUAAAUUUGCAGAUUUUAUUCAAGAAAUGAGACUUCAGAAUUUGCUCGAGAAACCUGGUUGUUUUGGUGAUGAUGAAUGUUUGACAAUAAUUUUACCUACAAACGAUGCAAUUGAUCAUAUGGCUAAUGAUUUAGCAUGGUAUAGUUUAGACGAUUAUCAAAAACAUUCAUUUAUACAUGGUCAUAUAAUUCAAAGAGGGAUUACUACUGGUCAGUCAUCUGUACGUGUAACAACAAGAGAAUGGACAAAAUUAGGUCAACAAAUGAACUUCAUCGAUAUUGGAUUCGGUACAGGUGUUGAAUAUACAACAUUACUUGCUAAUCAACAAUUCGGGUUUUCAACUAUAGCAAAUUCUACAUCUUUAUAUUUUGUAAAUAAUGCAAAAAUUGUGACACCAGAUGUUAUGGCUUCAAACGGAAUAAUACAAAUAGUAAAUCAAGUAUUAUACACACCGUAUAUUUCAUCACCAUUUAUGGAAUUUUUACAAAAACAAGGAAAUUUAGGUAUAUCAAAAGAAUUAUGGUACUUAUUAUUGCAAGAACCUAAAUAUGCACCAUAUCCAGCGCAACAUAUCUAUUCAACUAUAUUUGUUGUUAAUGAUUCUGGUUGGAGCUCAUUACCAAUUAUUCAACUGAACAGAUUAAGAAAAAAUAUCACUUUACUAGCUUCUGUUUUAUCUUAUCAUUAUUGUCCAAAUCAACUUAUUUAUCGCGAAUGGAUUUCAGUGAAACCUAAUAUGAAUAUUUAUACUGGUUUUCCCAAUAGACCACAAUCUGCAACUAGUAUUCAACUAAGUGAAUUAAACCCAGCCCAACUAUACAAAAGUAGUGGUGAUUCAAUUAUAAUAUCGAGUGGAAAUACUGAAGCAAAAUUGGAAGAUAAAAGUUUCAUCAUACAAAAAGCAAUCGUUCAUAUCAUUCAAAAGCCAUUAGCAUUUAUAUUUGAAACACGAGAAGAAAUUCUGAAUAGAAUUAAUUCAAAUCUGUUAUCUUCAUGUCAGUCAGAUACAAUUUGUAAAAACAUCUUAACAUCAUCUACAGAUAUAACGAUUUUUUCACCGAAUGCACAAGCCAUGCAAAAUUUUAAUAAAUUAUCUACAAGUGAAAAGGCAAUUUAUCUUAAAUAUUUAUUUUUACCUAUGAAGUUAUAUCAAGCUGAAAUGACAUUAAAUCGUCGUAUCCCUAUUGAAAAUUUAGAAGAUGCUAUCCGCUUUAAAAUAAUCGAUCAGUCUACUUUUAUUGAAGCUCGAUUACCAAAUCAAGGCUAUGUUGCAUCUCGUAUUAUCAAUGCUAAUCAAGUGGCAACCAACGGUAUUAUUCAUACUAUUGAUGCUAUUCCAGGUUUACCAUAUGAAACAGUUCAACAAUAUGUAGCUAGAAUCCCCGAUUUUAAGUAAGUUUUUUUUGAUGAAUUAAUUAAUUGCAUUAACAGCCAACAAAAAAAUCAACAUUCGGUUUGGUAAGACUAUAACUGCAUCAAAUCUUUCAAUAAUUAUUCAACACUGAUUAUCUUUUUUUAUAAACAUAUUAUAGAUCUAAUAAUUUGAUGCAUUUUGAAAGGUUUCCAUAAUGAACCGUUCAGUUUUUCAUGUACUUUAGUUUCUGCAGUUAUUUUUUGUUAUUUCAGUUACUGUUAUAAUGAAUGUUGUAGCGAGACUCUAAUUUAUAGACGACCUUUGAAUGAAUCUAAAGUGACCUUGAGAAAUAUUAGCCAAUGAGCAAACAGUCUGUAUGGAGUAAAAAGAUGUUAUACAAAACCAAGGCAAUAAAGUGGAUACACUUCUUACACGUGGCUCAAAACUUUUCAAGGUUAGAAAGAGGUUCAGAGGUUCUAAAGUCGUAAUGCAUGCAGUAGAGGAAAUCAUCCAUAUGGAUACAGAAUAGUCGACCUCUGGAGCCAUUAUAAAGUCUCAAAAGCUUUUUCAGCCUCGACCACAUAGCUUCAAUAUUGUUUGUGCGCACUCCGGUUGUGGAGUACACAAAAUGCCACUUGUGGAUCACAACACGGUGCAGAUAACCAAGCCUAUGUAGGAGUCUGUACGCUCUUCAAACAUCCGUAUUGUUGUAGUACCUGGCUGCAGCCAGUGUUACUGGUGUUUUUAUUAUCCAGUUCACAAUAAUUGUAGUAAUUUGCCUUAGUUAGAAACUAUAUGUGGGAUUUUCAUCACGAACUGACAUCAGCUAUAAUGCCAGAAGUUUAUUUAGCUGAAUGCAUGAAAGGCUUUAAAUCUCUAAAACGCUUCUGAUUGGCUCGUCCAUAAAUUAGAGUCUCGCCAGUGUUGUUUCAUCGAAAAGGUUUCUAUGGCUCAUUGGAAUCUUUGAUGCUUCUAAUAAAAAGAUUUACGCUUUAAUUAAACUAAAUCAUUUAAUACAUUGAAAGAUUAUAUUUUAAUGUAAUUGAUAAGAUUUAUUGUUGUGAUCUAAUUUUAAUCAUUUAAUUUUAGUUUAUAUUACAAUACAGGUUUUGUUCAGUCAAUGACUAUUGGUGAACCAUAUACAUUUCUAGUACCAACAAAUCAAGCUAUGACUUCUAUGAAUAAUGACAAUGAAGUGGGGAGAAAACUGUUAACUGAUAAACUUCGAAAAGAUUUUGUGUUUCGCCGAAAUACAUUUCCACUUGACUUGAUAAUUCAAGAUUUGGAUAUACGUAAAGUGUAUUAUGUGUCUACAGCAAAUUAUGCAUUCACACGUGAACAAUUACGUUUGGACAUUAGUUCUAAGAAUUCUGAUGAAGAGGGUGUACUCACACAUCAAGGCGAAAAAAUUCAAUUAUUAUCGCUAAAUGGACCUUAUCAAUUUACAAAUGGUUUUCUUUAUUCAAUAGACAGAAUCCUUUAUACGAAGUCGGAUCUUAACGCAACAAUGUGCACUGUAUCAGCUUGUGCAUAAGUGGAACAAAUUUCUGGUUGAAUUAAUUAUUUAUUUACCAGGGUUGUCUUUAAUAUUGAAAUGUGAUAAACUUUACCUAAUUUGAUUAUUUCUUCUGAUGCACAUUCGGUGAUUUAUUAUCUAGUCUGUUCAUAUUAAGUAAUAUUCAGUAUGAGUUUUCAUUCGAUUUGUCCUUAUUAAUAAAUAUAUUACAAAAAGU